CUCAUUCAAAAGCGAAUGGGCUGGAUUUUGCAAACAGCAGCGAGGCAGCUGCAUUCACCCAUAACAACUUAAACUGCUCUCAAGUUCUGGAAAUCACAGAAAGUUAACAUGUAAAUGCUGCAACCAAAGAAGAAAGAAAAUGGAUCAGCCUUCCUAGAUGAAGAAAAGGACAAACUGACAUGAUGCAGGAGUGGAGAAUAAAAUCUUCAGAUUUAUUGAAUCUUCACAACUUCAAACUUGCCUCAGUGGUCCAAUUGUUCGUACUGUGUGAAUCUUUGCUCUCCAGACCUGAUACAAUCUCUAAUGCCACUGCUGGAGAAAUCCUCCUGUUCCCCAUACAGUACCAAGGCAGUGAUCAAUAUGAUGUAACAUUUGGUUUGAAAUUUCCACUAAAUUUUAAAAUUUUCACAUGGAAGUCCAGUAAUCCAGAGAAAUUGCACAUUGUGCACCCACUGUAUAAGUACAGAGUUAAAAUCCACAAAGGCUUUGUGGUGCUUUAUAACGUACAAGUUAAUGACACUGGUGUAUAUGAAAUCCACAUUGAUUACUUUGGAACAGAACUGAAAAACCGUGAUCAAAGUACUUUCAGGAUCCAAGUAUUUGAACCAGUUUCCCAGCCUGUGAUAGAGAUUCGUGACAACUGUGUGAAUUCAUCAAAUAUCACUUUGAGCUGCUCUGUCUCCAAAGGAACAAAUGUCACAAUUUACUGGGAAAAGGUGUCCUUGUCUGGAAUUUGCAGCAAAAUAUAUGAUGGAGGAGUGCUUGUGAUAGACUGUGUGAAUGAAAAGGAACAAGAUGAGUACAGGUGCAUAGCAGAAAACCCAGUCAGUAAUGCAACCAGCAACCAAGUGACUUUCGACGAACGCAAAGCGAUCAAUCCUAAGGGUGAAAGAAAUCAUUUGAUGGUACUAGUUUCUGUGGUGAUGGCAGUUCUGGUUUCAGCCAUUGUUUACCUCUGGAACAUUCGCCAUUGUAAAACUGGAUCAAGUAACAGAUCAAGUGACGAUACUUGUGUGAAUCGGUCAUCUCCGACAGAUUACUGAGUGUGUAUAAUAUUCACAUAAGUCAUGAUGACGUAACUGAUCAACAAGAUGAUCCAACAGUAAUAUAGAAGAUACCAAUCUAGAAUGAGCAUGUGGAGAGAUAGAGGUCUUAGACACUACACUGUUAAUCUAUAUUUGAGAACUUUCUAUAUACAGAGAUAAGUAAAUGACUGGCAAAAGGAUUUGAAGACCCUGACUUAGUAUUUAAGAAAUAAGAAGCCUCCGGGACCAUCUAUGUGCAGACACCUAUCGCUCAAGCUACUCCUCAAUGCGCAGCUGGCAGUAUUGCCUUAAAGCAGAAGAUAUGGCACUGCGUAGAACUUAUUCUUAUGAUAACGGAAGUCAGAAAACCCUCUGGGUAACCAACUCUGCAAAAAUAAUAACUUCACUCAAGUAGUAGGUCAAAUUAAACUCCUAGUUUGGUAUUUCCUGAAAUGCAGUACUUUCAAAAUAUGUUCAUUAUAUGUGAAAAAAAAUUGCAGCUCCUUUAAAAAAAACGUAGAAAUUUCUGGCACACGGUAUCUGAUAAGCAGUUUAAAGCUCUGUUAUGACAUUCACAAUUUUUAUCUGCAUUAUUGUAAUAUAAAUGUUUCCUUUUCAUCUGAAACUACAAUUUAUAAAAGAAGUAACAAAAGUUAUUAUGU